AUGGAGAACAACCACAACUCCAUUCCGAUUGACGACUGCUCAGACCUCAUCACCCGAGCAUUUGUCCCAAACAAAAUGUCUCCAUAUGCCCGUGUUUCGAGCCACUACUGUUGUCCCAAGACGCAGAGUAUGUUCGACGACCCGAUCGGCCUAAACGAUGAAUCCAUCUCCUUAGCCAACAGUGCGAGGUCCGCAUUCUCCAGUAUGGACUCGGUGGCCACCACGCACAUUGAAAACGGAUUUAGUUGUAUAUGGGCGGAACAGGAGGGGGUCACCACGCCGCAACACCUUGCGCUCUCGUCGCAAACGGAGGACCCAGAUGUCAGACUGCUUAAGGUUAUUAAAACACUUUUUACGCAAGGAAUUGUCGAUGUAUUCCGCAAAUACAUUGACGAAAUUGUCAAGAAGGAUGUUAAAACAAUGAUUGUACAAAAGGACACAGGCAAAAUACACCUCGACAUUAAUUCGAUACGCGCACGCGUAUUCGCAGUGCUCAGGAAGUGCCUCAUACACAACACGGAAGUGAACGUUGUUCACAUAUUCGAGGCUAUCAGGGAAAAAUACACCACCACCCUUACCGAUGAUAUCCCUAGCUUUGGAUCCAUUACCCACUCAAAUGGAUAUUGCAAGCCGUGCGUGUUCGCAAAUAAGGCGAUCAACUCAUGCAAAAACGGCGUUAAUUGUAACUUCUGCCAUUUCAAACACAGGAUCACUCGCAGAAAAAGUGCAGCCCGAGAGGCUCAGGAAUUUCCAAAAGUAGGGAGAGAACCCUGUACCAGAAGACAAAGCUGGGCUUGUAUAACACCACAGAAAUUGCAAGUAUACCUACCACACGCACUCUCGACUAAUAAACCCAUCAGGCAAAUAACACCAGCAAUCGACAACAGGAACAUAUUCAACUUCACAGGUAGGUAA